AUGAAUAUUCUGGAAUGGACAGGAUUCGUUGUAUGCGCUGGAUGUGUUCUACUAGCAGUGGUCGGAUUUUUCUGGGUAAAGGAUAAAUUCAGUGGUAAACCGAAGGAUGAACCUCCGAAGACUGAACCUCCGAAAACUAAACCUCCGCAAACUGAACCUCCAAAAGUAUAUAUUCGGACAACAGCUGAUGAAAAAUGUGACGAAUAUAAUACACAAAUCUGUGAGCUUGUUGAUCGUACGCGCCGGUCAAUUCCACCCACCUAUGAUUCGAAUCGCAUAAUAAAUUACCACGGAACCGCUAGUGAAGGAGACUUUCCUCACCAGGCUUUAAUACUAUUCACAAAGAAGAAUGAUCGGAAAAUAACAUGUGGAGGUACAUUAAUCAGCAGGAAUUUCGUUUUAACUGCUGCUCAAUGCUUACAUCUAGCAGGAGCUAAACCCAAAAUUGAAGUCAAAUUGGGAACCGUGUACGCGAAUUCUGAUAAGGAUAACGGAAAAUCAUACGGGGUAGAAAAAAUCCAUGUGCAUCCAUCAUAUUCCGAAGCACGAGUGCUUCACGAUAUUGCUCUUUUGAAACUUGAUAAAAAAGUCGACUUCAGCCAAAUGAUAAGACCGAUUUGUUUAAACACGAAAUAUCUCGGGAAAGACCACUAUCCAAAGACCGUCGCAUUAGGAUGGGGCAGCUACACUACGGGGUACAGUUACUCGUAUAGUUCAAGUCUCAAGUGGGCACAACUACAUAUAGACGAGGAUCGAAAUUCAGUUUGCGGCGAAUCUCUAAAAGCAUUUGGUAACGACGCACAACGUUUAAUUUGUACAUUCAAUAAAGAUGGCGCCGUCGCAUAUCAAGGUGAUUUUGGAGGACCACUGCAGAUAUCCAAGAAAGGAUGUGCUGAUGAAAAUACUUCAUUUUAUGAAUUACUUGGAGUGUUUUCAAGGUACCAAAGAUUGGUGGACGACAAAGGGAGCGGUCGAUAUAAUCAUUUUACCAAAGUGGCACUCUACGUCCCAUGGAUUGAGAAAAUCGUCUGGUCAUAGAUAUCCAAGUGUGAAUAUUCCAUCAGUCUUAUCAGCAAUUACUUAUAUAAUGUGUAUUGUGUAUUUGUAAUAAGUAUAAUUCAAUUCAUAUGUAUCAACUGCCGUUUUUUUUUUUUUUGUUAAUAGGAUGUUUUCAA